UUAGUUACAUAAGAGCAUUCAGUCGUGGCGUCAAUGUUGAACAAGUUCACCCGUCACCACCGUCAACGCCGUUAAUUCUCGCCGGCUCUCCAUUCUCUAAACUCCGUCAACCCUCAAUUCUUCCCCAUCUCCAAAAUCCUCAUAAAUCCUCUCUUCUCUCUACUCCAUUGCAUUUCAUUCUCUUCAACAUCUGAUUUUUUCCGAUCUCUCAUCGAACUGCUGCGAUGUCGGUGAAAACUGUUAAAGUUAGCAAUGUCUCCUUAGGGGCAUCAGAGCGUGAUAUCAAGGAAUUCUUUUCUUUCUCUGGUGAUAUUGAAUAUGUUGAGAUGCAAAGUGAUACUGAACGAAGUCAAAUAGCAUAUGUUACAUUCAAUGAUUCUCAGGGAGCUGACACUGCAGUUCUUCUUUCGGGUGCAACAAUAGUUGAUAUGUCUGUUACGGUGACUUUGGAUCCAGUUUACCAGCUUCCUCCUACUGCUUUUACAGCAUCAGUGCCAACGGGAAAGAAAAGUGCUGGUAAUUCAGAAUCUGCUUUUCAGAAAGCAGAAGACGUUGUUAGCAGCAUGCUCGCAAAAGGUUAUAUCUUAGGUAAAGAUGCUGUGGGCAAAGCAAAGUCUUUUGAUGAGAAACACCAGUUGACUUCAACUGCAACUGCUAAAGUGGCCUCUCUCGACAAAAAAAUUGGUCUCACUGAGAAGAUAAGCAUUGGUACUUCCAUUGUUAAUGACAAAGUUCGAGAAGUGGAUCAGAAACUCCAAGUUUCUGAUAAAGCAAAAUCAGCAUUUUCUGCAGCUGAGCAGAAAGUUAGUACCACUGGAUCGGCCAUUAUGAAAAACCGGUAUGUUCUCACCGGGACCACAUGGGUAGCAGGCGCUUUUAGUAAAGUUGCUAAGGCAGCAGGGGAAGUAGGCCAGAUGACAAAAGAGAAAGUCGGAAUGACAGAGGAUGAGCAAAGACAGAAAAUGGUUACUGAUUUUGCACAGGUUCAUUUAUCCGAGUCUCCGAUAGCUUCCGAGUUCACAGAGCAUCAGCCAGCCAAGCCUGCACCAGCACAAGGUUUAGUCCUUUGAGUUGAAGGCCCUUGUAAGUAUCUUUGAGAACUUCCACCUCGUGCUACAUUUCAUUUUGCAAUCCACUGGUUUAUAAAGAAAUGGCAAACAGUAUGUCCAAUACACCAAUUUAUAGAUGACUUAUUUUGUA